AAGUGUCGUCCCUGCACUUGAUGGACUCUGUGAAGUCUUUCAGCGCGUUGUCCUCCUCGGCUCUGUUCACCUGGGGAGCUAACAGUCACGGACAACUCGGCCACGCUUAUGCGGAGGACGUGUACGAGCCCAGGGUGGCGCGUUGCGAGCUGCCAGCCGGAGGACUUCGAGCCCUUUGUGGAGGAGGCGGUCACUCGGCGCUCAUCACAGAGGCUGGACAGCUGCUGGUGUGCGGUCAGAACCACAGAGGACAGCUUGGCCUUGGCCACACCUCGGAGGUCACGACCUUCCGCCUCUGCUUUUCCUUGGGUCAGCGGUCAGUUCGCCAGGUGUCCUGCGGGUGGGACUUCACUCUUAUUCUGACUGAUGGCGGACAGGUGCUGGCGUGUGGAUCUAAUACCUACGGGCAGCUGGGCCUCCCGCAGGUACCUGGACACACCGCAGAGCCCCUGCCCCUCCAGGCAUUGAAAGAACACGUGCUGUGUGUGGCUGCGGGACUUCGACACGCUCUGGCCGUCACGUGUCUGGGGGGAGUGUACCAGUGGGGGAAGGGUCUCUCCAGCCAGGCCAAAAGAGCACUGUCCCCGCAAGCCAUCCCAGAACACCUCACAUCCAAGGAGCCCUGCCUGGUUCCAGGGUUAGACGACGUGACUCCACAGAGGGUGGUGGCUGGUGCAGCCCACUGCGUCUGUCUCACAACAGGGGGCGAUGUAUUCCUUUGGGGCAGCAACAAGCAGGGCCAGCUGGGCACCACAAGGUCCUUCGUAGCCUGGCCCGCCCUCCUGGACCGCACUCUAAUGGGUGGGGAGAGCGUCACAGAUGUCUGGAGCGGUUGGGCACACUUGGUGGCCAAGACAGAAAGUGGGAGGGUCUUUUCAUGGGGAAGGAGUGAUUAUGGGCAGCUGGGGAGAGCGGUGUCAGCCAGUCAGAGUCUACGUGUUCCAUCAGGUGACUCAGUGACAGUGGACUCUGGACUGGUGGCGUGCAUCCCUGUCCAGGUGGAAGCCCUUGCUGGGGCUGCACAGAUCGCUUGUGGGUCGGAGCACAACCUCGCCAUUGUGGGCGAUCGCCUGCUCUCAUGGGGAUGGAACGAGCACGGCAUGUGUGGGGACGGCUCCUGCGCGGACGUGCCGCAUCCUACACCCAUCGCUGUGCUGCAGGAUGCCAGGCCGGUCCUCAUUGGCUGUGGGGCGGGGCACUCCAUGGCAUUGUGCACUACAACGGUGUUCGGCCCGACAAGAACCGCUGAGGGAGCAAGUGGUGGCAGAGGAGACAUGGUGGGGACCACGCCUCUGCCAUCCCGACUGACUCCGCCCACCUCGGGGACCUCCUGUAGCACAGCACAGGACACAGGCUGAUUAAGUACCGUACUGAGCAGUGAAGGACAGUCCCUGUUGGAUCACUAGCGUCACCUCAGACAUCAACUCUGACCACGUUCAGAAGGAACAGUGCGAGUUCAUUUUUGAGCACGUUUCUCACUGAAGACUACACUCUGUCCCUCGGACGGCACUUGUAAAUUAAAAAUGAGAACAAGUGUAAAUAAACCCUCGUUUCGGUGCACUAAGAAAGCCUGGUCUUUAGGACUGUCUUUAAACAUUGCUGAGACUUUUUUGUCUCAUUUACCCUGCAAAUGCGUAAGACUCUUGCAGCAUCAUAGGAAGCAGUCCGUGACCCUUAUAGACUAAACCCCAGAGCAGAAACAGCUCAUGGGCCCCUGGGGCCACAACAAAUCUUCAAGUUCUUUGGAAUGAGAGCACGGAGAAGCUCUUCUGCACCUGAAGGAUGACACUCCUGUACAUCAGAGGAUCAAACCCAGAUGUUCACCAGAAGACACAUGCCAGGUCCCUUAUGGUCACCCAGGAAAACAUCCUGUCAAUUAUUGAUUCCUAAUUUGUGAUAUUAUAUAUUGAGGGCUUUGUCACCAGGAGACAGAAGGGUAUUCACUGGGUGAGAAAGGGGAUUUGAACCAGUGACUUCAUUUCUAAAGAGGAGCUGAAAACCCAGUUUUAGUUGGAAAUCCAAAGGAGAGAAGUGAAGGUCCAGUGACACCUAGUGAGUGAGAAGCAGUCCUUGUUGCACCUCUGCACCUCGCAAGACAAAAUACUGGCAAUAAAUAAUCAGAUCCUUACGGGUUGAGUG